AUGAAGCUGGUCCUCGUCCUCCUGCUGGCUGCUCUUCCCCUCUACUGCUGUGCAGGUACUAGCUGCAAACUUUUAAAAAAUGCGGUUGAUUGGACAAUAGAUCCGAAAGUGUCAAAGGAAGAAUACACAGAUAACCUUAAAGCAUUCAUACGAGGUGACCAAUCUUUAACAGUCCUACAAUAUUUCAAACAGUGCUAUCUCAAGCAGCCGCAAGAGGUUCUAGAUCCUGUCAAUAACACAAUGGAGCUGGGGGAGGACGGUGGCCCGCGAGGCUCGAGGCUCGUCGCAGACAACGCAGCGGCGAUGUCCGUGAGCCAGGCGAGUGCCGCGGAGGCAGCGGCGGGGCCUCGCGCGCAGCAGGGCGGCCUGAGCUGCGGCCUCCCUCCAGUUCCCGGGAAGCAGGCUGGCGGCAAGCACGGGAGCAGCAGCAGCAGAGGCGGAGGCUCUGGCGCGUCUUUCUCCUCCGCCUCGGCCUGA